AUGCUUAAAUCAAGUUUCUCUCUUGCGUGUCGUCAAGCCGUUUUUGUUCGUUCCUUAUCAAGCAGUGGUAAGGAUCUUCCACAAACUCGCCUUCACGAUGCCAAAAGAAAGGAAUUGAACUCGAUCUUGGAGGCACCUGCUCCUAAGGUUCCAAUCACCAUCAAUGCUGAGGAAACCAUGGAAAUCGCUGGCGUCCCUCUCGAGCAUCAAGAGGAACGUGUUGCCCGCAUUUUCCGUCCUGCUCGUGAAGCAACUCAAACUCCUUGGAAUAACACAAAGGCCUGGAGAAUCGAAUUAGACAACAGAGCUCGUUUUGAGAAUCCUCUGAUGGGAUGGAGUGGAACAGCUGAUCCCCUUUCUAAUGUUGGCAUGCAUAUGAAGUUUGCGAGCAAGGAAGAGGCUAUUGCUUUCUGUGAGAAGAACAGAUGGACCUUUGAGAUUGAGGAAGUUCACGAACGCCAAAUAAAGCCCAAAAAUUAUGGAAUCAAUUUUUCGUGGAACAAAAAAGGCCGCAUCAGUACAAAGUAG